AUGGCUGUGGAAGAACUUCAAUCCAUAAUAAGAUGUCAAAUCCUAGAAGAGCAAAAUUUUAAAGAAGAAGAUUCUGCUCUGUUUCAGUUAGCAGGCCAAAGGUAUAUAGAUGAGGUACAUACAGAUCAACUGUUAGAAAUUAUUCAAAAUGAAAAGAAUAAAGCCAUCAUUAAGAAUAUGGGCUGGAAUCUUGUUGGUCCUGUUGUUCGGUGCCUUUUGUGGAAUAAUAAGGAAGAUGAUAAAAGAAAAGAUUAUUUUCUGAUGCUUAAUUUAUUGGUAAAGUUAUAUAAUGCAAAGGAAUUAUUGUUGGGUUUGCUUGAACUGAUUGAAGAACCCUCUGGAAAACAGAUAUCCGAAAUUAUUCUUCUUUUACUUCAGCCAUUACAGACAGUGAUUCAGAAACUUCAUAACAACAUGGCAUAUUCAGCUGGAUUAGCAUUGUCUACCCUUUGGAAUCAGCUGUCUCUUCUUCCUGUUCCGUACUCAAAAGAACAAAUACAAACAGAUGACUACGGCCUUUGUCAGUGCUGCAAGGCCUUAAUAGAGUUCACUAAACCUUUUGUGGAAGAAGUCAUUGAUGACAAAGAAAACUCACUGCAAAAUGAAAAGUUAAAGGAUGAAUUACUGAAAUUUUGUUUCAAAAGCUUGAAAUACCCUUUGCUGACAGCACAAUUCCUCGAACAGCCUGAAGAAGCUGAAAAUGAUCCUUUAAGGUGUUUUGCAUCUGAAAUCAUAGGUUUUUUGUCAGCAAUGGGAGACCCUUUCCCCAAAAUGAUUUUUAAUCAUGGAAGGAAAAAGAGAACUUGGAAUUAUCUUGAAUUUGAGGAAGAAGAAAACAAACAAUUAGCAGAUUCUAUGGCUUCUCUGGCAUAUCUAGUAUUUGUACUGGGCAUGGGUAUUGAUCAGCUUCCGCUGGUGUUCAGCCCAUCGUACCUCUUGCAACUUAAUAUGGGGCAUGCUGAAGUCUUUUUGCAAAGAACAGAAGAGUCUGUUUUCUCCAAAGGAUUGAAUCUAUUGGAGAAUGGUUUAUUGAGAAUGGAAGACAACAGUCUACUUCAUCAGUAUUUAGAAAUCAAGAGUUUUCUUACUGUACCUCAGGGUUUAGUGAAAGUAAUGACACUUCGCCCCACUGAGACGUUGAGGAAAAAGAGUUUAGCUGUGCUUCAGCUAUAUAUUAACAAGUUGGAUUCACAAGGCAAAUAUACAUUGUUUAGGUGCUUAUUGAAUACAAGUAAUCAUUCAGGUGUGGAAGCUUUUAUUAUUCAAAAUAUCAAAAAUCAAAUUGAUGUAUCAUUGAAGACAACACCUAACAACAAAUGGUUUACAGGACCACAGCUGAUUUCCCUUCUAGAUUUGGUACUCUUUCUCCCAGAGGGUGCUGAAACAGAUUUACUGCAAAACUCAGAUAGGAUCAUGGCAUCAUUAAAUUUAUUGAGGUAUUUGGUUAUCAAAGAUAAUGAAAAUGACUGUCAUACUGGAUUAUGGACAGAACCUGGAAAGAUUGAGAAUAAUUUUUUAAAGCCACUCCAUCCAGGACUUAAUAUGUCAAAAGCACACUAUGAAGCAGAAAUUAAAAAUAGCCAAGAAAAUAGCCAAGAAGUCCAGAAGUGUAAAGAUCUUUGCUCUAUAACAGUAGGUGGAGAGGAGAUCCCUAACAUGCCUCCUGAAAUGCAGCUUAAGGUACUGCAUUCAGCUCUUUUUACAUUUGAUUUGAUUGAAAGUGUGCUGGCUCGAGUAGAAGAACUCAUGAGAUAA